AAACAUCCGCUAGAGGUUUCAAAGUGUCGAAAUUGGGCGAUUUCUUAUUUGUUUGGUUCAUUUUCAAACCCUUUUGAUUUAAAUCACAGUAUAAAUUGAUAAAUAUUUACAAACUAGUUAGAAAACAACAUGUUCAAAAUAACACUGGAGAAGAAGUUGUUUGUGAACGUAUUAUUUCAAAAACACUUAAACCAGGUUAUGUAGCACGUAUGUUGACACCACUACAAUAUAAAAUAAAAUUCAUUUAAUAAGUGUUUUAACCUACUUUGGAUAUUAUUAUUGGUGUUUUGAGAAUAACGUUAGUGAAGAAGUAAAAUGUUUAGCAAAAAAAAGAAAAAACCUCAAAUUUCCCAACCGACGAACUUUGAGCAUAGGGUACAUACAGGCUUUGAUAAACGUGAAGGAAAGUACGUAGGACUUCCGUUGCAAUGGGCUUCUAUUGUAGGAAAUAAUCAAAUAUUGAAAUCAACUAAUAGGCCAUUACCUUUGGUUGAUCCUUCUGAAAUAACUCCAACUGAAAUACUGGACUUGAAAACUAUUGUUAGGGGAGACCAUAAAAAUGAAAAUAAACACGGAGUUUCUCAAAAUAAACCGAAUAAUGGUAUUGUUCUCCCUAAAAUGUCAAAUGUGGCCAGAUCAAACUCCCUUAGAUCUUCAAGUCCACCUAAGUUAAGAAGAGAUCAUAGAAAUAAUACUAAUGUGCCCCCUUCAGUGCCAGAAGAACAAGUUAUGCAAUACACUUCAAUGAGAAGGGAUCCAAGCAUAAGUAAACCUCAGGUACGAGAUAAUUCUCCAGCUGAACGUUCCCUAAGUAAUCAAGAAAUUCCUAAUCCUUUCGUAAACGGUAACAUACCAGAUCAAUAUAUAGGUUACCAUCCUCGAGAUCAUCCUCAAAUUUCACCAGCAGGCUCUAUGAUGUCUUCUGGACCUUCUCCCAUGAUACCUUUAUCUCACAAAGCAGGUCAUACACAACCAACUCAUACUGGAUCACAUCAGAGUCUUCAACAUGCAGGAUACCACUCCGCUCCACAGAGGCAUGAUCAAAAUCAAAAUUUAAAAAAUGGAUUGCAAUCAACUCAGGCUGUACAUACUCCACCUAGUGCCACUGGUCAAGUUUCAUCCAAUAAACAUCAUGAACAAAGGCUUACCCAUGAACAGUUCAGAGCAGCUCUUCAAAUGGUUGUAUCCUCAAAGGAUCCUCGUGAAAAUCUGGAACGGUUUAUUAAAAUAGGUGAAGGUUCAACGGGUACUGUAUGUAUAGCUCAUGAUCGCACUACAGGCCGACAAGUUGCCGUAAAAAAAAUGGAUUUAAGAAAACAACAACGGAGAGAACUCUUAUUUAAUGAAGUGGUCAUUAUGAGAGAUUAUCAUCAUCCUAAUAUAGUAGAAAUGUUUGACAGUUAUUUGGUGAAUGAUGAACUUUGGGUUGUAAUGGAAUUUUUAGAAGGUGGAGCCCUAACGGAUAUUGUGACACAUUCCAGAAUGGACGAAGAACAAAUUGCAACUGUCUGUAAACAAUGUUUGAAAGCUUUGUCUUACCUUCAUUCCCAAGGAGUUAUUCAUAGAGAUAUUAAGUCAGAUUCAAUAUUAUUAGCACUCGAUGGAAGAGUAAAAUUGUCCGACUUUGGAUUCUGUGCUCAAGUUUCUCAAGAGCUUCCAAAACGAAAAUCUUUAGUUGGAACUCCUUAUUGGAUGUCACCUGAAGUUAUAUCAAGAUUGCCGUACGGACCUGAAGUUGAUAUUUGGUCAUUAGGUAUUAUGGUUAUAGAAAUGGUUGAUGGAGAACCGCCAUUAUUCAACGAACCUCCUUUGCAGGCUAUGAGGAGGAUACGGGAAAUGCCACCUCCAAAACUAAAAAAUGCUCAUAAGGUAUCCCCACGGUUGCAAUCAUUCUUGGACAGGAUGCUAGUAAGAGAUCCUGCUCAACGUGCAACUGCUCAAGAACUUCUAGCGCAUCCAUUUCUAAGGCAAGCUGGUCCACCAGCUUUAUUGGUACCAUUGAUGCGAGGCGUCAAAAAUACGAAUUAUUCUUAAGGUAUUA